UUUUUUUUUUUUUAAAAGCAAAGUUGCGCAUUGAGCGAUGGUUAGAGGGCUGGUGUUUUUGAACUGGAACGGUGUUGGAGGACAUGUCACGGGUUUUAAUGUCCUUCCUCAAAGGCACUAUCUGUGUGUGUGUGUGUGUGUGUGUGUGAGUGUGUGUAUAGUGUCCGUUCGCAUGAGGGUGGAGUCCCUCGGAGGAGUUCAGUGGUGUGCAUGUUCCUUCUGGGACCUCCUGCUUAAGUGGUGAGGUUGGCAUGUCCCUCCCGCCAAGGGCUUAAUUAAAAAUUCUGCCCCCCCCCUGACAGUGUCACCCUGUGCCUAACACCCCCCAUUACCUUUUAUAAUUUUACACAUUCAGGUGCCCCUGAAUCUGCCAGGGUAUCCCAGCCCUUACUGCCUACGGCUGAGAACCAGCCAAUCUCGGUGAAAGGGCCGUCCUGGGUGGGCUUCUCCCCUGGCCUGGUCUCCCCCUCUGUCCCAGCACACGCGUCACCCAGCUUCCCCGGCACUGACCUGUCAUCUUCACCCAAAGCCCCAAAGCGGGGAUGGUGCAGUCGGGCUCUCGUCAGCCCGUCGCUGUAUUCUGUCAGAAGCUACCAGGCACGCUUGUCACGGCGGCUAUAUUUAAUGUCAGUUUUUUUUAGGGGGUUUGUCGUGUGUGAGAACAUGUUUAUUUCAGAAUUUACACUUCGGUCGUUUCCUUCUCAGUUAUUGUGAGGUAUCGAGACAAUUCCACUCCCCCCCCCCCUUUUUAUCUUUGACAAGUCUUUUGACUCCCAUCAAAUGUUUUGUUAAAUCGUUCGGAAGCGAAAUCUGGAACGGCGAAGAGUUGGGGGUGUGGGUGCCAGUCGCUGAGGUGCUGCUGGGCCCGAACCGUCCCAUCGGAGCCAGUGAUUCCUGGCUGCUCCCUCCCAGCUCCCUGUAUACUUGACCAAAACGGACCGGAACACCAAAUGCCUGGUACAGUGUGCAAGGACCCCCCAUAUAAAGUGGAAGAGUCUGGUUAUGCUGGUUUCAUCCUGCCCAUCGAAGUUUAUUUUAAAAAUAAGGAAGAGCCCAAGAAAGUGCGCUUUGACUACGACUUGUUCCUGCACCUGGAGGGCCACCCGCCCGUCAAUCACUUGCGUUGCGAGAAGCUCACCUUCAACAACCCCACGGAGGAGUUUCGCCGGAAGCUGCUGAGAGCUGGAGGGCAACGGGAUCCUCAUAAAAGAAGCACCGACGACUCAAAAGUGAUGGUCAUGCAGGAGGGCUCCACGUCCCUUUUUGGCCAGCACCUGAAGCUGCCCUCCCUCCCCAGCAGCUCCCUGAACCUGACCUUCUCCGAUGCCAAGAAGAGCAAAUCCUCUCACGGGUCAAAGGAUGGUUCCAAAAGCAGCAGUGCUCUUACAACCACCACGACUAACAGCAGUGGCUCCUCUAAGCUUCACAAGCCCGUGAAAGAGCACAAAGACAAAUCCUCAAAAGACUCGAAAGAGCAUAAAAGUGCCUUCAAAGACUCUACCAGGGAGCCCGGUAGACUUUCCAAAGAAUCGUCCAAGAAACCCAAAGAGAAUCAGCCAGUUAGGGAUGACCAGCCAAUUCCCAAGUUGGGCUUCAAGGAGCCCAAGGGCUUGUCCAAGGAACACAAGUCGGAUGCGAACCAGCCGCAUGGAACGGGCGGCGUGCAGCACGGCACCAAGGCCCCCGGCAAGAGGCCGCAAGUGGCUGACGGCGGGGAGCACGUGACCAAAAAGCGGAAGAAGGGUUUCUCUGAGGUGCCGCUAAAACCUCCGCCGGGCUCCCCUCCAGCCCAACAGCACCACGUGGAGAAGAAGCCGCCCAAGGAGAAGCAUCCGUCCCAGGUGCGGCCUGCUAAGCUCAAGGUGGAUGGCGAGCCGCCGGAUCGAAAGAAGCCCCCCCCACUGCCACCGUUUCACGAAGUGGUGGACCCCAAUGACUCUGACAUGGAGGACUUGUCCAACAAAUCAGAGUCAGAGCAGCCCAGUCCUGCCAGUUCCAGCUCGAGUUCCAGUGCAGGUUUUCCACCUGCCCACAAACACCAAGUGCCCGACUUCGUCUGCCGGAACGCUGUAGCUGGUCCUGCCACGGCCCGGACAGUACUGCCCCCCUUGCGGUCAAGAAUACCGGACCUGCAUUCGGACGACGAGGACGAGUCCGCGGAAGAAGACUGCAACGAGGCGGAGUCAGACCUGGAGCGGCCACUUCACACUCACCAGACACACCGUCACCGGAGGGUGAGUUUGAGCGACGGCAGCGAGAGUGAGAGCAGCUCCGCCUCCUCACCCCUACCACAUAACGAUCCCCCGCCGUUGCUGAAGGCAAGUGGCAAUCAGAUACUAGAAGUGAAAAGCCCAAUAAAACCGCCGAAACCAGAGAAAAAUAUGAAAAAUAUAGAUUGUGACAAGGCCUAUCUGGAUGAAUUGGUGGAGCUGCACAGAAGACUUAUGGCACUGAGAGAGAGACACAUACUACAGCAGAUCGUCAAUCUCAUCGAAGAAACUGGACAUUUUCACAUCACCAACACAACCUUUGACUUUGACCUCUGCUCCUUGGACCGAACCACAGUCCGCAAGCUCCAGAGUUACCUGGAGACCUCCGGGACGCCUUGAAGAUCUAGGCGGCUGGCUGCUGAACAGCGGCGCCUGACGCGAGUCUGAUAACUAACGCAACAGUACAUGAUGUUGAUUCGUUUUACUUGAAAUGACUGAGUGACCAAAUCCUGAGGAUUCUGCUCUCUCAGUGAUAGCCCAGCUCAUCCAGAUGUGGAUGGCGGUCAAAAUGGGCGAG